AUGUCUGGAGCUGGUAUUAAAAGAAAGCAAGACGGUCUGUCUGCGGAAGUGGCAGAUAAAAAUGACCAAUCAAAUAGUUCCAUUGGCACACCCGAGAAGAAACCAGACAACAAUGUCAAGAAUGACCAAGAAGAUGAGGACGAAGAUGACGACGAGGAAGAGGAAAUCGUCAACGUCGAUUUCGACUAUUUCGAUAUUAAAGAGAUCGAUUUCCAUGCCACGAAGAACCUACUUCGUCAACUGCUGGAUGCUGACGCCGUAGAGUUCGAUCUGUCGGCCCUGGCAGACCUCAUCAUCACCCAGAGCUCUCUGGGAUCCACAAUCAAAACCGACGGUGUCGACAGCGAUCCAUUCGCGAUCCUGACAGUCCUAAACCUCAACCAACACAAAGACAAGCCCGUAAUCAAAGCACUCGCCGACUAUUUCAUCCAGAAAACGGCCAACUCGGCCGAGUUCAACCGCAAACUGCGCCAACUCUUCUCGACCUCAUCAACAUCCUCCGUGGGUCUCAUCAUCCAAGAAAGACUCAUCAACAUGCCCACCGAGGUCGUGCCACCCAUGUACAAAAUGCUCGCAGACGAGCUCGAAGAAGCCGUCAAACAGGUACGUCAACCGCACAUGCCUCCGGCGGCUGGGGCUGCGCCCCAGACCCCGCUGCUCCUCUCGCUGCGCUCGAGUCGUUGCGUCUACGGUCCCAGCAAUCUCCUGCGAAGCAGGAGCAACGGGGUCUGGGGCGGAGCCCCAGCCGCCGGAGGCAAUGACCCCCUUCAGAACUAA